UAUCUCCGGGCCGCGUCACAUACACCGGAAGUGCUCGCUUGUUUGACAGUGUCACGUGACGAGGGCUCGCGUAGCAAUGUAAACACUCCAGCCAAAUGGAUUCUGACAGAGGAGGAAGAAGAGGAAAGACAGGGAAACGUGGUGGUGAUUGUGAAAAGGACAGAGACGUCAGGUUGUCUAAAACUAUGUCCUACGCUCUUCGCCAUGGUGCCAAUCAGAUGGGUCUACAUUUAAAUUCGGAUGGCUACCUGUCUGUCAGGGACCUCUUGGCUCACCCACAGUUUCACUCGUACAAACUGGAAGAUGUUGAGAGAGUGGUGGCCUCUAAUGAUAAGCAGCGUUUUAAGCUUCGUCCUCAUCCAGAAGAUGGCCACUUGGAGAUUCGAGCCAACCAGGGACACACAAUGCAGGUAUCCAAUUUGGAGCUGAAGCCGGUUUGGGCCGGUUCUCCCGACUGUCCUGUUGAGGCUGUUCACGGAUCCUACAUGCGCAAUUGGUGCUCCAUACAGCGGCAAGGCUUGAGUCGCAUGAAGAGGAUGCACAUUCAUCUGGCUCCAGGCUUGCCACAAGAGGAUGGCGUAAUAAGUGGUAUGAGGAAAGACUGUGAUCUAGCUAUAUUUAUUGACAUACCCAAAGCUCUUGCUGACGGUAUUGAGUUCUUCUGGUCAGAGAACCGUGUGUUGUUGACAACCGGGAACGUUGAAGGAAAACUACCCCCGGGGUACUUUAGCCGAGCCAUACAACUCAAGCCUACGAGGUGCAUCCUACCGCUGUGAUUCCAGCAGAAGACCGAUCAACAAGUCCAUCUAUUUUUUUUACAUCACUCUUCUGCAUUGGGGUCACGGGUGAGCUGGAGCAUAUUCAAGAUGAUUUUGGCAGGUUAACUGGUCGGCAGUUAUUCACAGGCCAAGUAAACAGUAGACAAACAAGCAUUCACAUUCACACCUAUUUAAGGGGAAGUCAACCCCAAAAUUGUCUUUGAAAUAUAAUGUUCUGUGAAGCCCACCUUGUCGAAGCACAGUGUUCUGAUUAAUGUUUUGUUUGUGGAAUAUGAAUUAAAGAGGCAAAAUAUAAUAAAAGGUGCAUUUUGCUGCUAAAUAUAUACAAACGUAAUAUAAAUCAGAAUACUGUUUAGACUCGUAGAGAGACAUACUGAGACUAAUUGUCAACAAUUUGUUUUGGUCGUCUUUCCCUUUUAAUCUUCAGUGAUAAUUGGCAGGCCUAAACUGAUCUGAGAUGAAUGAUCAGUGUGAAAAUUGCAAUGGCACCAGAUGCCUUGACAAAAGGAUGGGCACACAAGUGAAGAUGAAACAUGCUCAAUUUAUUUUAUUAAAGUGUAAGUGCUACGCA